ACGUUGAAAUUUGAUGAUAUCGCGCUUGUUUCAGCACAUCAAGCUGAACUGGCGAGUAUAAUGCCCAGAAACGAUGUGCAAGGAAUUGCAGCUUCAAAACGUGCAACGGUAAAUUGUAUCACCGAACGACUCGGCCGUCCCGGAUCUCAGACUGGAGUUGCACUUGCAAGACUGCUUGGUCAAAAGGGUGCAUUGUCAGGUGAUACGAGUCGAUUCGAACGUGGUCUUGCUGCGUUAUCCUCAUUCGUUACUCCACCUCCAGGCGGACGGGCAACAAUGUUCGAUAAGGCGGUUCAGGAACUGAUUGGUCAGUUGCGUGGUGUACUGUCCGCUACUGGGGCUCUUGCUGAUGCAAUCAAUGACCCGAUUCGUUUAGCUGAUUUACGAAUACAGUUGGCGAAUAGUUAUCGUGGUUCAGCGGCACUGAGAUGUACAUGGUUUGAGACAUUGGCAGAAACGCAUAUCAAGGAGAAUUGGUUUAGUGAGGCAGCGGAGAAUUUCGCGUCAAUGAUUGAGAAAACGAUGCAAACGUUGGUUCUCGCCGAAAGAUACGAAGCGAUCGGUCCUUUAUCUCGUUUAGCCAUUCCGAUAUUCGAACAGCAGAAAAACUAUCGAGCAUUGGUAAGUAUGUACGCCGAUUUACAGCAGGCCUAUAGUUCGGCUGAUCAAGUGAAAGCAACGCGAAAACGACAUUUUGGCUCAUACUUUCGUGUCAUUUUUCAUGAGUGGAUAUAUCGUGAACCAGCGUUGACCUCAUUAGCUGAGGCAUGUGAGCGCAUGAGUGAGGCUUGUAGGUUGGCGUUGGGACAUGAACGAAUCCAAGUGGUGGCCGAAGGAGAGAUCGACGAAUCACAAAUCGAGGACGGUAUGGCGUACGUUGAAAUGACUCACGUACAACCGUUCGCAGACGACAGCAGCGAUGCUGAUGUGAGCAGUUUCGCACUGAAUACAAAUAUCCGUAAAUUCAUUUACGAAUGUCCCGUCAUCGACGAAAGCGUUUCUGAGGAUGCACCUGAAAUCGCUAGACGCACUUUGAAACGAAUUUGUCUCACUGUAGCCGAACCGUUUCCGAAUACGAGGCGACGUGAGCGCGUGACUGAACGAAGUGAGAAGAUUUUGACACCGUUGGAGUUGGCGAUUGAGAAUUUAAUAUUUAAAGCGCAACAGAUCAGAAGAAUACUGGAUUCAGCAAUAAAUGCAGGUGAUCAUGACAAAACGAUUGCCGAUAAGCUUGAUGUGAAAGGCUUACAACUUCUCUUACAAGGCGCUGUACAGCCGACCAUGUUGGAACCAACAUCCGCACUCUCAGAAAACGCGAAUCAUUCAUCAGAUCCGAAUUCAGCACGUAAAUCAAUGCAUAUUCUGGAUUCAAUUGGUGGUGUGAACACAUAG